AUGCUCGACCUGAAGCUCGAGGAGACAGGCGAAAGGGAGCGACUCAAGCAGUACAUCAUCAGUCACCUCAACGAAAGUGGAUGGCGGGAGGAUCUCAAGAAGCAGUGUGUGGAGUUCAUCCAGAACAAGGGCGUCGAGAAAGUGACUCUCGAAGACAUGAUCUCGGACAUUGCCCCCAAGGGGAGGGCGGCCAUCCCCGAGAAGCUGAAGGUUGAGGUCUUCAACAGACUAAGGACCUUUGCUGAGAAGCAGGGCAUGGAGCACUAG